UUAUUCAGAGGUUGUUAAAAUCUCACGUCUUUCUUUGCACUCUUAUGUAUAUUUUCCUAUAAAUAUCUUUUCCCACUUUCAUCUUUUUUUGCUGCCUUUUUCUUCUUCUUUAAGAGACUUACCUGCAGGUUGAAUUCACUGUUUUUUUAACAGAAAAUAAGAGAUUUAUUAUAUCCCAACUAUUCAUCAACAUAAAAUGGAGUCUCAUCUUUCUGAAAGGGCAUAUAUGAACGCCCGUAGACGACGCAAUGGGUACAACUCAGUGGCAGAGAUUCUAGCAAAAUGGAAGAUCCACAAUGAACAAGUUGGUGGUGCUACUACAAUUGAGGAGCCUAAAAAAAACCCAAGAAAAGGUCCAGCAAGAGGAUCAAGAAAAGGAUGUAUGCCAGGAAAAGGUGGUCCUGAAAACUUAGAGUGCACUUUCAGAGGAGUUAGACAGAGGACUUGGGGUAAAUGGGUAGCCGAAAUUCGCGAGCCUAUCAACAGUACAGGUGGAUAUGGUAACAACAAUCAACAAAGCAAAAGAAGCAGAAGGUUAUGGCUUGGCACUUUCUCUACUGCUAUUGAAGCAGCCUUAGCUUAUGAUGAAGCUGCCAAGGCUAUGUAUGGCCCUUCCGCGAUCCUCAACUUCCCUCAUCAGAACGAACAACAACACGUUGAUCAGCUUCCGUCUUCAGAAUCGAGUCAAGGGUCGGAAAAAUACAAGGAAAUGAAUGAAGAACUUAAGUCACCAUGCACGUCUCAGGUGCAGGGUGGUGGAACAAAAGAGGAGUAUGUCAUGCAUUCAGGUGGUGGGAAUUACUUGAAUUUAGGAUUUGAUUAUAGUCAAGAUUGGGUAAUGGAGCCACUAGAUGGGUUUGAAGGUGGUAGUUUUGGGUUGAAGCAAGAGGAUGAUUAUGAGUUUAAUCAAAAUAAUUUGUUUUAUGGUGACUGCUUGUUUCAACACAACAGAUCUUCAGAUGCUAUGCCAAAUUACAAGAUACAACAGCCUCUGAGUGGAUCUUUAGGGAUUGAUUUCAUCAGUUCUUCAGAUUUUUUAAGGCCUAAUACCAAUCUCGGCGAUUUAAACUAAAAGCCGCAGGCACAGUUCCGGUUCUUCCGGCAAGGACCGAAACAUGUCUGUGGUUUUCUUUUCCAAGUCUAUGGCUUCAGAAAAGUUUUUUUUGUCCAGCUGCAGCCUAAGAGUUUCGUUUUCCGGCUGUUCAUGCAAGUCAUUGGCUUCGAGGCGUUUUUAGGCUGCUUCCUGGGAUAGUUUUUGGCUGAAAUUUUUCUUAGGAUUAAUAAUUUCAUGGAUUAGUAAGUCUAUCUGGUAAUAAGGCUUGGUAAUGACAGUAGGAUCGGAAUGUAGGUUUUUACCUUCUCUAACAGAGGAAGGUGGAGAAGAGUUUUUUUUACCACAUAUUUGGUCCUAAUACUAGUACUAGUAAUUUUAGAUGGUUCUCUUUUGUUCUAUAGCUAAAACAUGUAACAUCAACCAGUGUUGAAUCAGUGGUUUUCGCUGUGCGUUUCACAAGCAGCGUUAUCAAUGUUCCAACUAGUACUUCUGCUAAAA